AUGAACAAUAUCCGUACAUCUAAAGUAAAAAAAGAGGAAGGAGUCCAAAGACAGCAGCAACUCCCAUUUAAAAAGAGUAGCCCAUCACUUGUUCUAUUUCCCAAACCCCAGGAAUAUGACAUAGACCUGUUUGAAGUAAAGCUAAAGCGUCCAGCAACUAAUUGGGCGGCAGAAAAGAUAUCAGAGUUUCUUGAGGAGUUGAAGAAAAGCACCCCAAAUCAAUUCAAGAAGAGCGGCGCUGUCGGGACAAAGAAUAGUGAUGGUGAUAUGGCGCUUAGUUUGUCUUGGGUCAGAAUGGAGAUUGUUAUUAGCACAGCCAAUAAAGUAUUUGGAUUCAAUGGGUGGAAUAGUAGUAUUGUGGAGGAUAGUAAGGUUGUGAAUUCGGAGGUCAUUAUUGAGGAAGACUUGAAAAAAGAGAAUUACAUUGAACGGCUUCUAAGGCUUCAGGAAGAAGAAGAACAAGCGAAGCUUCCAAAAGUGAAAAAAGAGAAACCUGAGGAAGAAGAGAAGAAAGUCAAUUACUCGUACUCCGUCGAGGUACGAACCACAAUUAUGUUGUCAUUGAAGGAUGGAACCUACAUUACGAAGGACGGAACAGGCUCGGCAACCAAUCCUCAGAAGAAUUUGGCGUUCCAACUAGCAAAGAAGCAGGCAGCGACAAAUGCUUUGAAACAAUGCUUUUGUCUGUUUCCCGAAAUGUUGAAGAACCAUCAGCAGAGGUGGAAACUCAGACAGUUCAACUGGGGGUAA